AUGGCUGAACCAGUACAACAGAGGAAGAAGAUUGAAGAUAUUCUUUCGAGCAAUGAACAUGAAGCUGUCAAGAUAGAUCAGAUUGCCAAAGUACGAGGCUGGUUCCGCCCAGAGGAAAACAGCCCAUUUUAUCCGACGGUACUGAAGUACCUUGAAGGCGACAUCGACAUCGACACAGCAGCGUCUCAACUUUUUGAACAAAUAGAUCAGAAGAUCAUCGCUCGACAGCUUGAUGAUGUCAACUUCGUCGACUUCUGGUACUCUAUCAUUCAUGCUGCAAAGCGGAAAUCUUUCAAUGGAGUUGACAAUGUCGGCGAGCGCAAACCAAGUUUCCACGAUAGAGUUACAGACCUGGUCACCGCUUUCCGCGACCACAAGAUCAAGGACCAUGAGGAGUACAACUACAUCUACAGUUCACUCACCGAUCUCAGCAUGGCCUGUCGCGAGGUAUUCAACGACACACCGCGACCAUAUGCCUCAGACCUCGAGAUUGAUGCUUGGGCAAACGUCAAUUUGUUCUUCGCGCGUCUUACCGAGAAAGGCAUUCAAGACUUGAGCCUCUUCGCCAUCUGGAGCAUGCGUGACGCACUUGAAUACGAAUGGGAAGAUGAUGUCGAAGGUACUGCGGCCCAGAAGUAUAAUGUCAACGUCCCUGCUGCCACGGCAUGGAUCUUCGGCAUGGGCCGUGCUCUGUACACCAAAGAAGAGGACCUCACGCCCACAAACCAGGACGGGGGAAACCCUGCAGCGGGAGGCGCACUAUGGAGGGGGAAGGCAGAGUUUAGCAAAGAGCGAUGGGCCCUGUGGAAGGAGAGGCUGGCGGCUGUGAGCAAGCUCGAGGAAGUGUCAGAAAAAACGAAGAACAUUACGAAAGAUGCGCUCGAAGCCAUGGAGAGGGCGGAGACUUUCAGUGCCAAUGAGCACAGUGCUAAUGCUGGAUCGUAA